AAUCUUGUGACAGUCCAGAUUACACCUAAAAUAACCAAACAAAAAGAAAGGGUAUGUGAAAAUGAGAGCUGGUUUCCUGCAUUUUCUGUUUCCACUCUUCUUGCUUUCCCAGGCAAGGGAUACAAUCACUUCUACUCAAUUCCUGAGAGAUGGCAAAACCAUCAUUUCGUCUGGUGGGCACUUUGAGAUGGGGUUUUUCAGCAGCCCUGCUGGUUCCAUAAACCGAUACGUCGGUAUAUGGUACAAUCAAAUCUCUGUUCAAAUAGUAAUAUGGAUUGCCAACAGAGAAACUGCCCUAACAUCAUCCUCAGCUGUCUUGAAGAUCGUUCAGCCCGGGCGGUUAGUUCUAAUUGAUGGCAGCAAUAAUUCGACUAUAUGGUCCACGAAUGCAUCAAAAUCAGUUCAGAAUCCGGUGGCGCAACUUCUGGAUUCAGGGAAUCUUGUGGUGAGAGAUGCAGAGGACGAAAGCCCGGAGAAUUUUAUCUGGCAGAGUUUCGAUUACCCAACUGAUACUUAUUUUCCAGGCAUGAAGCUCGGGUGGAAUUUCGAAACAGGCCACGAGGUAUACGUUACAGCAAGGAAGACUGAUGAUGAUCCAGCUUCAGGGCAAUUCACACUUCACUUAGAUCCAUCCGGGUACCCACAAAUCGUAAUCAAGAACGGGUCGAAAGAGAUUUAUAAAACAGGACCCUGGAAUGGUCUGCAAUUGAGUGGAACACUUGGAAUAAAUCCAGAUAAUCCUCACUACAAGUUUAAAGUGUACAUGAGCCCAACUGAGGUUUAUGCCAGAUAUGAUAUUUUUAACAAUUGGAUCAUAACAAGGAUUGUUUUGGCUAGUUCUGGAGUUUUUGAAUGUAUUCCAUGGGUGAAACAGGCUCAAAGUUGGGCCAGUUACAUCAAAUACCCUUCAGAUGUUUGUGACAGCUAUGGAAUAUGUGGGGCAAAUGGGAUAUGUAGCAUGGCUAAUUCCCCAGUUUGUGGAUGUUUGGAAAAGUUCACAAAGAGCAAUAAUACUGAAGGGGAAUGGGUUGAUUGGUCUGAUGGUUGCCAAAGGAGGAAACCUCUGAAAUGCAAGAAUGGAACAGAUGGGUUCAACAAGUAUUCCGGUAUAAAAUUGCCAGACACUAAGAAUUCUUGGUUCAACACAACUAUGAACCUAAAAGAGUGUGAGGUCACAUGUAUGAAGAAUUGCUCUUGCACUGCAUAUUCAAGUUUGGAUAUACGCAAUGGAGGGAGUGGUUGUUUGCUUUGGUUUAAUGAUUUGAUUAACAUUCGAGUUAUGUCUUUGAAUGGGCAAGACAUUUAUAUCAGACUUGAUUCCUCUGAGAUAUCAGAAACAAUUACUACAGAAGGACCUCAUCCUAGGAUUCCUAGCUCAAAGGGGAAGAAAGUAAAAAUCAUCUUUGGAUGUUUGUUACCGCUCACUUCUAUGGUCCUGCUUGGCCUGAGCCUUGGUUUGUAUUUCUAUAAAAAGAGUAAAAAGGAAAUGAAGGUGAAAGAGUGGUUAGACCUACCGUUAUUUGACCUGCCUACGAUAUUAAGAGCUACAAAUAAUUUUUCAAACAAUAACAAGCUUGGAGAAGGUGGAUUUGGAACUGUUUACAAAGGAGUUCUAGAAGACUUACAGGAAAUUGCAGUGAAGCGGCUUUCAAAGACUUCCACACAAGGUGUAGAAGAGUUCAAGAAUGAAGUUGUAUACAUUGCCAAGCUUCAACAUCGAAAUCUAGUGAAGCUUCUAGGAUGUUGUAUACAAGGAGAAGAAAAGAUUUUGGUCUAUGAAUACAUGGCAAAUAAAAGCUUGGAUACCUUCAUAUUUGAUGAAGCAAAGAGUAAACUGCUUGAUUGGCCAGAGCGCCUUUCCAUUAUUAAUGGAAUUGCACGAGGACUAAUGUAUCUUCAUCAAGAUUCCCGGCUAAGGAUUAUUCAUAGAGAUCUUAAAGCAAAUAAUGUUUUGUUAGAUAACAAGAUGAAUUCUAAGAUUUCAGACUUUGGGUUGGCAAGAAGCUUGGGAGGUGGUGAUGCAUCAAGAGCAAAUACAAAUCGUAUUGUUGGGACACAUGGAUACAUAUCUCCGGAAUAUGCAAUGAACGGAGUGUUUUCAGUAAAAUCAGAUACGUUUAGUUUUGGAGUUUUAUUGUUGGAGAUUGUGACGGGCAAAAGAAAUAGAGAGUUUUCCCAUUCUGACCAUAGUCUCAACCUAAUCAGUCAUGCAUGGAAGCUUUAUAAAGAAAACAGAGCAUUGGAACUAAUUGAUGAAUGUCUAGCUCCAUCAUGUGAUGAAUCUCAAGUUCUAAGGUCUAUUCAUGUCGGUCUAUUAUGUGUCCAACAACAUCCAGAUGAUAGACCAACUAUGUCUUCUGUUAUAUCAAUGUUGUCCAAUGACAACACUUUACCUAAAGUAAAAGAGCCCGGAUUUUUCACAGAAGAAAGAAUAAACAAAGACGAUUGCUCACAGGGACAACCGAGUUCAGGAAAUGAGUGCAGCAUCACUGUCUUGGAUCCUCGGUAGAACACAAACAAUAAAAUCCUAAGAUAAGUAAUUUCCCUUAGCUUAUAGUAAAAGAAGUACUACUGUAUUUUUUUUUCUCAUAGUAUGUGGUUGAAAUGAUUGAUAUUUUAUAUAAAAUAUUAUUUGCACUCCC